GGGGUUUUCUGAAAACGGGUGGGAAAGACAACACACUGUACCGGCGUUAGAACGACUCUCAAUGUCGUUGAUCAGUGAAACUCAUCUGAGCCUAACAAUAAAAAUGCGUCUCUGAUCGGAGUGCCACUGGAGGUCAUUUUAAAAAAAUAUUACACUGGACAUUUUCUCAGAGUGGACACUGUGUGUGGAUUUUCCCUUGAAGAAAAGAACACCAGGAGAUUUGCAAGCAGAAUGAAGAGGCUGCCAGUCCUCGCCCUGCUCCUGUGGAUCUGUUGUGUGUUUUAUGUUGGUAUUUUCCUCUUUGUGGGCGGUUUCCUCUUGGUUCGUCUGGAGGUCAACAGGACGAGCAGCUGCAAGGACGUUUUGCCUCCUGCCUCAAACUCGACCUCGCCAGAUUUCUGCCACGAGUCUCCUCGGGUGCGCAGGGUCGUCAUCCUCAUCGUCGAUGCUCUGAAAGCCGAGUUCGCUCGCUAUGACCCGGGAAACGUUUCCCCCAGACCGUUUGAGAACAAGCUGCCCGUCCUGGGGGAGACGACGUCGUCUCGGCCGUCACACGCCCGGCUCUACACCUUCAGAGCGGAUCCGCCCACCACCACCAUGCAGAGGAUCAAGGGCUUCACCACCGGAUCUCUGCCCACCUUCAUAGACGUGGGGAACAACUUUGCCUCCAGCGCCGUGCUGGAAGAUAACCUGAUCCACCAGCUCGGUCAGGCAGGGAAGCGAGUUGUCUUCAUGGGAGAUGACACCUGGGUCAGUUUGUUCCCCAAAAAGUUCCACCGCUCGCUGCCUUUCCCCUCCUUCAACGUGAAGGAUCUGCAUACUGUGGACAACGGAAUCCUCCAGAACAUCUUUCCCAUCAUGGAUGGAGAUGACUGGGACGUUCUGAUCGCUCACUUCCUGGGGGUGGAUCACUGCGGCCAUCGCUUCGGCCCUGACCAUCCUGCCAUGGCGGAGAAGCUCACUCAGAUGGACGGAGUGAUCAGGUCAGUGAUAAAGCGUCUGCAGGACGACACUCUGUUAGUGGUGAUGGGAGAUCACGGGAUGACCGACACCGGAGAUCACGGAGGAGAAAGUCAGAAGGAAACGGACGCUGCUCUGUUUCUCUACAGUGGCUCACCUCUGUUCCCAGCCCCUGAUGCACAGCAGGUGGAGCCAGAGGUGGUGCCUCAGACUGAUUUAGUGCCUACACUGGCCCUGCUGCUGGGAAUUCCCAUCCCCUACAGCAGCGUGGGUCAGGUGAUGCUCCAACUUUUCCCGAGCUCACUGGAUGCACCUGUGGGUCUCAGCCAGGGGGAGGCGCUGUGGAUCAACGUCAAACAGGUUCAUCGGUUUUUAGAGACCUACUCCAGCAUGGCCAAAGACAUUCCAGCAGACAGUUUGUCUCAACUGCGGACUCUCUUCUCCCAGAUCUCCGAUCAGUACCUGAGCUCAAUACGUGAUGGAACUCCUCCUUCCCCUCAGCUGGUAGCCUCCAUGCAGGAAUACCUAAACUCUGUUAGAGAGACCUGUCGUGCCUCAUGGGCUCGCUUCAACCCUCUGAAGAUGGCAGCAGGCCUGCUGGUGCUGGGUUUUGGGUGCACCUUGUGCUACGUUAUCUCAGAACUGUCUGUUGUGGUCCUCGAAGGCGCUAUGUUGAAGACUCCAGUGCUUGCUGGGCUGUUGGUCGGGGGAGCGGUAGCUGUGGGCCAAAUAUUCAUUUUGGGAUAUGCAGAAGUCUCGUGGUGUUUGGGAGCUGCUGUGUUGUGUGCCGAGGCGUUAUUCCUGUGGCAAGCUCGGAGGGUGUGUCCUCGUGGACGACUGUCUCACUGGCACCUUUUAACUCUGCCACUGCUCAUGCUUCUUCUGCGCUGUGCAUCCUUGCUCUCGGACAGCUAUGUGAUCUCUGAGGGGCGCGUAGUCACGUUCUUAUUGUUCAGCCUAGGCCUUUAUUUUCCACUUCAGCUCAACUGGGAUGGACUUCUGGUGCCUGCACCAUCUACCGAUACUCAGAAACCUCAUGGACUUCUAGCACCCUCGUUGCCUCCCUCAGUUGUCCGGCGGGAGAGUGGCACUUUGCUUAUUUGCACUGGCAUCUUGGUGGCGUGUCUCUACCUUUCUCUGUCGUUCCAUAGUUGCCGUGAGGAACAGGGUGCUUGCCAGCCUUCAGUCUUCUUGACGCCACUCUCACGGGUUCAGGAUAGUCGUUUGCGCAACUUGCACUACGUCCUGUCCCUGGCAUCGCUUUCCGCCUGGGCAUUCUUGCUACAUCGUUGGUUACGUCACUAUGGAAACCUGAACUGCACAGGUGUAUGUGUGUUUACAGCACGCUGCUUGCUUCCUCUUGCCUCUAUCUGCAUGGGACUUCACUGGGCAGUCAGUGCAACUCCAGAGGACACCUUCAGGAACCUGGCAGAGUUGAUUAGAUUGGCGCAGGUGAUCCUGCCACGUCUUGCCUUCAGUCUCCUAGGCCUUGGGAUGCUGCUCCUGUGGCUGGACCCACUUACUGUCUUUCUAAAGACAAGAGCGCCUUUGAACUCUCGGGGUUCUGUCAUGCCUCCACCAAGGUACCGUGCAAGCACUGGUAUCAGUCCUCAGGCUGAGCUGCACCAUCUUAUACCGCAGUUAUAUCAGCGCAUACGCCAGUCACUUGAUGAUGAAGGGGCCAAAGGGACCGAUCCUGAUGGACGGCCAGCAGUAGAGGCCUACGGACUGGGCACUGUCUACUCUGCACCCUUGGUCUUACUAUGUGGACUGAUGGGCCUUGGGAUGCUUCUGCUACACCCUGAAGGCAUGGCACUGUCCUUCCUGCUGCUGUUGUUGCAGGCUGCAGCUAUCCUUCAUCUUCAUGCUUCCUCCAGCAAUCUCUCCAGCCUGCAGAGUCAAUCCAGUCUCUUCAGUGUUCCCUGGGCUCCUGUGGUUCUGUGGUCUCUGGCUGCCUCGCAGUUCUUCCAUGCCACAGGUCACCUGCCCACCUUCCCGUCCAUCCAGUGGGGUGCAGCGUUUGUGGGUUUCCCUCAGGGACACACAGGGACCGUACUGCCUGCCACGCUCGUCACCCUCAACACCUUCUCCUCACAGAUCCUGUUUGCAGUCGGCUGCCCAUUGCUGCUCUUCUGGCCGUUAGUGUGUGAGCUGCGUGGGACACGAACCAGCCGCUCAGGUGGAGGUGAAGAUGGGGACGAGGUUGUCAUGGAGAUGAGGCUGCGAGAAAACCCUCAACAGUUUAGUUCAGCUUUACUGCAGCUCACAGCACGCUACCUGUUUAUUAACGGAGCUCAGGUUUUGGCAUCGGUUUGUGCUGCUGCUAUUCUCAGGAGACAUCUCAUGGUGUGGAAAGUGUUUGCACCCAAGCUGAUGUUCGAGGCCAGCGCGUUCAUCGUGGGCAGCGUGUUUGUGCUUGUCGGGGUCGCCCUGGUCAUGAGGGUCGACUCGGCCGUGGCUCGCUUAUUUCAGAGACUCCUUCCGGAGAGUUCCAGGUAGUACCACCUUCUCUGUCCCUACCAACAUUCCUCCAUCUCUCCGUAUCCGUCACCAAGGACACAAGACGCACACGACUGCCAGCACAAUGGACGAAAACAGGUCUGAAAAUGGCCUACGUCUUUCCGAACUCUGGAGAAAUGGACUCCUGCUGAUAUUUUGCUUAAACACAGAGGUAACCUGAGCCAUCUGAGACACUGCUGCCUCAGACCGAGGAGUCUGUCAUUGUUGUUUUUUUAACUGCUGUACACUGACUGGUUUACUGAAGGGCUUUUGUAUUAUAAACACACACACACACACACACACAUUGAAUGCUGCUAUGAUGAAAGUAGUUGGUCUGUAUUUACUUUGGUUAACACCUUCCUACAUUACCCAGAAUACUUUUCCACCUGCUGAUAGCAUUGCGAUGGAAUUUAGCCCCUCGAUUCAUCUCUGUCUAAACAGAGCGAUGCGGCGGCGCUUUAAUCCUCCAGCUUUCUCACCUCCUUGUCAAACAGAUCAGCUUUGAAAGCUUCAGCUUUUGCACUAAUACCACCGUCAAAGUCCUUGAUCGUGUUCUCAUUAUUGUUUCAGCUGAACUGCAUUCUGGGACUCCGGCAUUUGCACCAGCAUCUUCAUUACUAACAGCAUUUGAGAUGCAGUAUUUCUCCUCCAGUUCUUUUUCACAUGCUGAGACAUCAGAGACACAAAAUCGCUGACUUGUCUGAGAAAUCUAUAGAAAAGUGCAGCUCUGACUGGCUCGUUAGCACCGGGAUCGCUCAAUAUUUCAGAAUAAACAUAUUCAGGAUGGAGUUGUGUAUCAAGCACUAACACCAUAUGAUCAGCAGCUAUCAUUUCCUCUUGAUCAACGUUAAUGUUUCUCAGCUAAUCUCUUCAGAAUAGCCAUCUAAUUAAUACGAAUGGCAGGGUCAAUAAUUUACAAUACUUUAUAUAGUAUUACUAUUAUUUAUUAACAUCACCAAAACCGCCAUGUCUAUGUUCAGCACGGGUCACUAGCUUUACUGCUGCAGUGAGCAAUGUCAUGCGAUUCGGUUUGUAUCAAUGUUCAUUGAUUUGUAUUGACAUUUAUAUUUAUGUGCAUUUUUUUUAGUUUUAUGUGUUUGUCUGGUGGAUUUUUAAAAAAAAAAAAAAUCAAAGCUAGUUUUUCUACUUGGUAUGAUGAGAUAAGAACAGUUGAGGGAAACAUGAGAUUAAGUUGAUUGUAGCCAUAAUAACAUAGUGUGUGUGGUAUAUAUGUGUGUGUGUGGGGGGGGUAUUUUUGUCUUAAUGAAAAAGAAGCAGGUCGAUUUAUACGCUCUGAAUGAAAUGUGAAUGAAAUCUUUUGUCUUUUUUUAAAAAAAUUGUCCUUAAUUGGGUGAAAUGAAAUGAAAUAUAAAUGAGGGAGAAG